AGCCCAGGCCUAUUAUUAGGUUUUAAUUGAACUUUCUUCCAGAAUCAUCGUCUCUUGCCGGAGAAUAGUAAUGACUAGGUCACCGGACAAACACGGUCGCGAUAAUAACUUGCAGGACUGGGAACUUUCAUUGAAGGAUAAAGACAAGAAAAUGAAACACCAACCAUCUACUUCCUCCUCUAACCUUGCUAGUGAGAAACUCAGACCGAGUGGGUCAAAGCAAUAUGACUUUGUCAAAAAGUAUGGUCCGAUGAGCGAUUUCUCAAGUCAGUUCGAUGCUAACUCAGAGAAGGAACAGGGGAAUGAAUAUUUCAAGCAGAAGAAGUUCAAUGAGGCCAUCGAUUGUUACUCUAGGAGUAUUGCUUUAUCACCAAAUGCCGUGGCUUUUGCAAAUCGGGCUAUGGCUUACCUUAAACUCAAAAGAUAUCGAGAGGCUGAAGCAGACUGCACAGAAGCGUUAAAUCUAGAUGAUCGAUACAUAAAAGCAUACUCACGCCGAGCAACAGCAAGAAAACAACUCGGCAUGAUCAAAGAAGCCAAGGAAGAUGCUGAGUUUGCUUUAAGAUUAGAGCCUGAAAGCCAGGAACUUAAGAAGCAGUAUGCCGACAUCAAAUCUUUGCUCGAGAAAGAAAUCAUUGAGAGAACCGCUGGAGCAAUGCAAAGCACUGCAGAAGAUCUGCUCAAAACAGCCGGUUUAGAAAAGAAGACAAAAACGCCAAAUACGGGAAUGAAGAUGAUGAAGACCCAAGGGGCCAAAACAAAUGGGGAUACGGUUAGGCCUGUUUCAGGUAGCAAAGAAGUUUCGGGAAAGAAGCUUAUUGAAAGUGUACAACCUGAGGAGAAAAAGAACCAAGCUUCCAAGAAAAUGACGCUUAAAAGCGAAAGUUAUGAAAGGGAGGCAAAGUCUUAUGGCAUAAAUGGUACUCAGCCUUCUGGAUCGGGAAACCAGGUUUCUAGAAAGCUGGAACUAAAGCCAUCAGUGCAAGAGCUUGCUGCUCGUGCAGCAUCACUUGCAAUGGCUGAAGUUUCUAGAAACGUUCGAGCCCCAAAAUCUGCUUACGAAUUUGAGAACUCCUGGCGGAGUUUCUCAGGCGACCGUGCAUUGCAAACCCAGUUGUUAAAGGUUACGACACCGAGCUCUUUGCCUCAUAUUUUCAAGAACGCUUUGACUUCUCCCGUUUUGUUUGACAUAAUCAAGUGUGUAGCCUCGUUUUUCAGUGAAGAUAUGGAUUUUGCUGUUAAGUACAUUGAUAACCUAACAAAGGUUCCUAGAUUCAACAUGAUCGCCGUGUGCCUUACCUCAACGGAGAAAAAUGAGCUUUUGAAGAUUUGGGAAGAUGUUUUCUGCAGUAAAGCGACUCCAAUGGUAUAUGCAGAGGUCUUAGACAAACUGAGAUCAAGAUACUGCCUGAAACAGUAACUUGGGAGAUGGCUCUCACUUUAGCAGCGUACAUGGUGAAGAUCUUGCAGACCCAGAAAACAUUUUUCAGUCAUCAUGAAUCAGUUUUUUUUUUUUUUUUUUUGAGGUUCAGGCUGUGAAUUGCUCAUAUGUUUACCGGAAGAAUAUUAAAACCGGGUUAUCAUUUUGGUUUAGCUAAGAUAUGUUAUCCAGAGGAAAGCUUUUGUCA